GGUCAGGGCAUUGGAUCGUCUGGCUGGACAGCGGGCAUCGGUCACCAGGCAUCAGCAGGCACCGGGUCAUCUGGCGCUGGAUCGUCUGGCUCGACAGCGGGCAUCGGAUCACCAGGCAUGACCGCUCGGGCACUGGGUCAACAGGCAUUGGAUUGUCUGGCUCGACAGCGGGCACCGCGUCAUCUGGCAAGGCAGUGGCACCGAGUCACCAGGCACGACAGUGGGGCUCUGAGUAAAUUGGCACGACAGCGGGCACCGGGUCAUCAGGUACCGGAUCGUCUGGCUCGACAGCAGAGGCACCGGGUCAUGUGGCGCUGGAUCGUCUGGCUCGAA